AUGGCCCAAAGCUCCAAGGGGGCUGAGGUGCCUGAGCGCAUUGAGCAGUCCAUCAACGCGGGGUCUGACCAAAACGCUACACGGGGGCCCGCAGCAGCUCCGGUCAGCGCGCCUGUCGUGCCACGGGACCCCCAAGCCCCCCUCGACAUGACGUACUCAAAGGUGCCGCCGACAUACAGCAACUUGCACACGGCGGUGCUGCCGCUCUCCUCAAACGUCGGGCGCGGUGUAGGCGGCGUGCAGCAGCACGGGCGGAAGCGUGGUGGGGCCAUGACGCUGUACGUGCGUGGCGGUGGUGGUAGCAGCAGUAGUAACGAAACGCGCACCUCGCGUGGAGGAACGAAAAAGGCGAUGCGAGACGGCUCCAACAACGGCACUGUGGCACUCGUUGAAGACUCGCAGGACAACAAGGAUUCUACGCUGUUUCGUGGGGCACUCGAGGUGGGGUCAAAGGUGAUGCAUGCCGUGAAGGAAGUCCUCCCGGGGGUUGUGCAACCGACGAAGCAGCAGCGCUGUAUCCCCGCGGUGUUCGUUUUUUUGUUCUUUCUUGUUGUGUUCAUCUUCCUUCUUCGCGUGGCUGAGGAGAGGACGGAGAUGAUCUCCAGGGUCGUCGCGCAUGACAACGAACGCAAUCUGAUGGUCACCGCGAGCCUGACGGAGCAGCUCCUCGAGAAGGCGAAUGAGGCAAAUGAGCUCAUGCUGCCCUUCAAGCGAACCCCACCGGCCAUCAUGGAGAAGGCGAUAAAGACCGUGAAUGAGCUCACCGACCUGCGCGAGGCCAGCAUAAGGCAGCUUCACUCGCGCAUGGUGUACCCCGGGCCGGUGGAGGAUAUAAAGUUCCUCGUGGAAGAGCACGUGGCGUACAAGGUCAACCUGGCGCGGAUGGCUCGCGAGGAGCUCCAGUGGCUCNUAUAA